GUUAAGAACCCUAACGACGAUGAGGAAGUGUUGGAAUAUCUUCGAUUCCGGUCUGACGUCCGUCGCCAACUCCGGUCCUCACGAGAGGAUUUGGAUUUGUCGAGUUCCAAAAUUUCGAGUUUUCAAAUAGAACAAGAUGAAGUUCAGGGUCAAAGUGAAAAUGAACAAAAUCAUGGAACUACAACUAGUAUGGACAGGAGAGGAGCUCCUGCGGAACAAGCAGAUGACCAGUUCUUGGAAGAGAUUGACCUAAACAGUACUAGUUCGAGUGGUGAAGCAAAAAUCGGAGAGAAGAAACAAAGGCGCUUUUGUGCAUG